AUGAACAAUGAUAAUCGUGCAAGUGACAGUACACAGAGAUCUGUUGACAUUAAUCAUGAUGCAUGUAAUGUGUUUGGCAAUGUUGUUCAUGAGUCAGAUUCAGAUUUUAAUAUUGACAAUGUUGUUAGCAAUGUUGAGCAUGAUCAAGCAUUUAUUAACAUUAAGCUAGGCCCAAACCACAAAGAGGUUAGGUUCAAAGUAGAUACAGGGUCUCAAGUCAAUAUUUUGCCCGAAUCCUUGUACAUUGAUUUAGCCCCUUAUCACACAUUAGGCAAAUCUAAGAUUAAGCUUUUUGCCUAUAAUGGCCACUCUGUACACCCCAUAGGCUAUUCUGUUAUUCAAAGCAACCUUAAGGGUAAGCACUAUAGCAUACAGUAUCAGGUCGUACAGACACAUUCGCAUCCAAUUCUAGGUCUACGAGCAUGCUUAGAUUUAGGCAUAGUUCACCUCACUUACUCUAUUGAUAAGGUUAUGCCCUUCAGUAAGAGUCAUGUACUUAGUCAGUACUCAGAUGUAUUUCACGGUAUAGGUCUGUUUGCAGGAGAAUGUACUUUUCAGGUUGAUCCAAAUGUUAGACCGGUUUUCAACCCCUCGCGCAAGGUGCCUGUAGCCCUACGCGACAAGCUAAAAGUAGACUUAGACAGAAUGGAGUCAGCGCAAAUUAUCACCAAGGUAACAGAACCAACAGAAUGGGUGAACUCAUUAGUCGUUACUACAAAGCCAGCAUCAGGAAAGCUUAGAGUAUGUUUGGAUCCCAUGGAACUCAACAAAGCCAUUAUGAGACCACACUACCCUAUGAGGACCUUGGAUGAUAUCCUUCCUCAAGUCUCAGGUGCCAAGUACUUUUCCAAGCUAGAUGCCAGCUCUGGUUACUGGACUGUUAGACUUUCACGUGAAUCGUCACUGCUCACUACAUUCAAUACUCCAUUCGGGAGAUAUCGCUACCUGCGUUUACCAUUUGGCUUGAAAAACUCACAAGACAUCUUCCAGCAGAAGAUAGACCAAUGCUUCGAAGGAAUGUCCGGAGUUGCUGCCAUUGUUGAUGACAUAUUGGUUUACGGCAGGACCCCGCAGGAGCACAAUGACAACCUCAUCAAGGUGUUAGAUAAAUGCAGGAGUGUGGGCAUCAAGAUGAACAAGGAGAAGUUACAAGUGGGAGUUCAGGAAGUUGAAUAUUUUGGCCACAUCCUCUCAGCAGAUGGAUUGAAGCCAGAUCCCUCUAAGGUAGCUGCUAUCAGGGAUAUGGAGCCUCCUUCCAAUAAGUCAGAGCUUCAGACUAUCAUGGGUAUGUUCACUUACCUCUCAAAGUUCGCACCAAAUCUUGCUAACAUCACCAGCCCGUUACGUCAGCUGCUGCUGAAAGACUCGGAAUUUAUAUGGGAUACACCACAGGCCCAGGCAUUCCAGAAGGUCAAGGACCUUAUAACCAGAACACCUGGACCUUUGCUUACAUACUUUGACCCGGGAAAACCAGUAGUGUUGGAGACCAACGCAUCUCAGUUUGGGCUCGGAGCAACACUUUUGCAGGAUGGCAAACCAGUUGCAUUUGCUUCAAAGUCACUAACCCCAGCGGAAAUCAAGUACGCCCAGAUAGAGAAGGAGAUGUUGUCUAUCCUUUUCGGCUGCAAGAAAUUUCACCAGUACCUAUAUGGUAGGGAAGUCCAGGUCCAUACAGACCACAAACCCCUAGUUGCCAUUCACGCAAAGCCACUCGCACAGGCUCCAGCUAGGCUACAAAGGAUGCUUUUGCAACUGCAGGCUUAUGAUCUAAAGUUGACGCACAUCCCAGGCAAGGACAUACCUAUUGCUGAUACACUUUCACGCAAGUUUUUGCCAGAUACUUACCCACAGCUAACAGCAGGCAUGGACUUACAUGUGCACACAGUUAUGUCCAGUACAAGGAUGAGUGAUAGAAGAUUAGAGGAAGUCAGAUUAGCAACCCAAGCUGAUCCACAGAUGAAGAUACUUUUGAACAUUAUACAUGAUGGUUGGCCCGAUAAACGCAAGAAAUGUCCAUCCGAAGCACUAGAGUAUUGGAACCACAGGGAUGAGUUGACAGAGAUAGAUGGCAUUAUAUUUAAGGGUCACAAGACAAUCAUACCAAGAGACUUAAGACGCCAUAUGAUGGAAGCUGUACAUAUAGGUCACAUGGGUGUGGAAAAAUGCUUGAGGAGAGCCAGAGACAUAUUUUGGCCCAGGAUGUCAGCAGACAUCACAAACAUGGUUCUGGAAUGUGGAUUUUGCUUAGAAAGAAGAAACUCGAACACCAAGGAGCCACUGAUCACUCAUGAUAUUCCAGACUACCCAUGGGAGACUAUAGCUACAGAUUUGUUCACAUGGAACAACCAGGAGUACCUGUUAGUAGUUGAUUACUACAGUAGAUACUUUGAAGUAGAGAAACUACACAAGACAACCAGCCAAGCUGUUAUAGAGAAAAUGAAGAAGAUGUUUAGUAGGCUUGGUAUUCCACGGAAAGUCGUAUCGGAUAAUGGUCCACAAUAUGCAAGCCAAGAUUUCUCCACAUUUGCUCAGGAUUAUGACUUUAACCAUGUCACUUCCAGUCCAAAGUAUCCACAGUCCAAUGGACUAGCGGAGAAGACAGUACAGAUUGCCAAAAGAAUUUUGGACAAGAGCAAGGCAGAUGGGAAAGAUUAUAACCUAGGACUACUAGAAUACAGGACAACGCCUUUGAGCUUAGGUUACUCGCCUGCCCAACUAUUGAUGAGUCGCAAGUUGAGAUCCAUACUUCCAGUAGUUCCAGAUGAGCUGAAACCAAAGGUACCAGUCAGGGUUAAGGAAUUGAUGGAAGCAGGGAGAGAGAAACAGAAAGGGUAUUAUGAUCGCAGUGCUAAGCCUUUACCACCCCUUUCAGUCGGAGAUAGUAAAAGGUACCAAGAAGGGAAACUAUGGAAACAAGGAAUAGUCACCAAAGAAGAAGGAGACAGAUCGUACACAGUUAAAAGCACUGAGGGAGCAGUAUACCGGAGAAACAGACGACACCUGAUCAAGUCAAAAGAAAAGUUCGAGCCUGAUGUAUCAGAUUCCAAUAUCGUCAAUUUCGCAGAACCUUCUACCUCACCUCCCAUUCCAACUAGUCUUCCGAAUCCUGUUGAACCAAUCUCCGAACCAGCUACUGAGGCUAAGCAUGACCCCCCUGCUACAUGUAACUCCUCCCCUUAUAUUUCUCGCUAUGGUAGGAUUGUUAAGCCCAAAGUAAUUGUGUCUAUGUAG